UAGGUUCCCGCAGGUUCGCAGAGCUAAAAAUAUAUGGUGCUACUAGAAGUCCGCAUAACUUAUGUUGGUGUCAUACAUGUAUAUGCAUUCGACUCCAAUGCGUAGAUUAGAGCUUUAAAAUAGGAUUUGCUGCCUUGCGGCAAAGUGGCUACGAUAAUUCAUUAAUUUUAUCCAUCCAUUGAUGUCUGUACAUUUUCAGGUAAUGAGCCAGACCAUGGGCACUGUUUUCAACCGAUUUCGGAAGGUUGUGAGAAAAAAGCACGGUAAAAAGUGCAGGCGCACGUCGGACUAACAGAGUUUUGCAUAUCUGCAAUGCCUAAAAUAUUUGAACAGCAAGUCGAAAGGUCACUUGAACAGCUGUGGAUGAUAAGCUACAUUUGAUAACUUCGUGUACACAGUUAUUCUUCUCUGGAUCCGAUAAUUAACGGUAAUCGAUUGAUUCAUCCUCAAAGGAUUACCAUCCACAACGCAGUUACGGUAGUCCAGUCUCUCGAUUGGAUUUGGUCGAGUUCCAAAGAAUGCGUCUGUUGUGUGUGGUACAUUAACAUUUUUUUGGAGUGACGAAGUACCGUGUUGAAAGGAAAAACGCCCGAUAGUACGUUAUCGCAUACAUGAUAUACGUACAUAUACAUGCAUGUUUAGUAGCAGUAAGAGCAACUACGACACAGUAACAAAGUAUGAAUGUGAGAACACAUAGCGAUAACUCGAUAUUUAAUAUAAAUAGAUGGAAUUCCAUAUAACUAAGCGUGAGUCGAGACUGUUCCGGUGCUGUGGUAAGGAACUGCUUCCAUUGCGUGUUAACACCGACUGUGAAAUAAAUUUCCUACUCUACAGAGAAAUUGUGGACAAUAUUGCUUGAAUAUAUUUGUACCUAUAAUUUUUCUAACUCUGGACAACGAUUCGUCAGUAUAACAAUUACAAAACAUUUUUCAUUUAAUUUUUACACUGUUAAAUAAAUAUAUACAUGUCACGUGUUACCAAGAAUAAGGAAAAGGAAUAUAAACUUGUGGUCAGGAAACUACGCCUUGGUAUAUAUUUUCGAUAACACACCAUGUGGCGUGUAAAGAUACAUACGCCAUUGAGUGACGCCCAGGAGAGAUGUACACUCGGUCGGAGCAUAGUUAAUUAAUUCGUUAGUGAGGGUACAACAGUAGAUGAUAAUUAUAGUGUCACGAUCCACCGAGUCAAGAUCAAUCUGUACUUGAUGGUCAGCAUGGUAACAUACACGCCAGUAAUGUUAAGCUGUGUCCUCCACCAUCUUAUUCUGUUGUUGAUGUGGACCAUCGCAGUUACAUCCAUUGGAGAAAAAAAAAGGCCCGUGAAAUUGAAUUUGUCCAAAUUCGAUUACGAACGAUUAGGUCUGUCUAUUCCAAAACUACCUUUGGUAUCGGAAUCAGCCCUACAUCAUGAAAACCGCACCGAGGAAGCUUGUAUCUUUCAAGAUGACGAUCAGAUUACCGUCCUUCCCAUUUCCACUUGCAACAUAACAGAAAUAAUCCUGAAAAAUCACGUAAUAGAAGUGUUGAGAAAGGACAAUUUGACUAACUACAUCAGCGGUCUGAAGCAAAUACGCUUAGAAAGCGUACAUCGCUUCCAUCGGUUUGAACCUGGAGUUUUCCGGAACGCCGAUGAGUUACACACAAUAUAUGUCUCAGAUGCCCCAAACCUGAUUACGAUCGACGACGAGGUAUUCCAGGAAAAACUUCCUAAUUUGACGAUGAUAACAAUUACGCGUAGUGGUUUGCGCACUCUGCCGUAUCUUGGGACCUUGACAAACAGUAUAUUAAGUUCUGUGAAUUUCGCUCACAACGCUAUACAAGUCAUUAAUGCAGCCCGGUGCACCAAUGUUGGAAUUAAUCUAUUGAUACUCGAAUACAACGAAAUCUCUUCUGUGGAAAAUAAGGCUUUCCAAGGAUCUCGAAUAAAAACUUUGCGUCUCAAGGGAAAUAGAGCGUUGAAAAAUAUUGCCGAGGAUGCGUUCGUCGGACUCGAAGGUUUAAAAGAAUUGGAUUUGUCAGAGACAUCAAUAAACGCGCUGCCGACCAACGGCCUGGAAAACAUCCAAUCCCUAUCGAUUGAACAUACGAAAAACCUCGAGACCUUUCCCUCGGUAAUCACGUUUACAAGCAUUACUACGGCGAAACUGACCUAUCCUUAUCACUGCUGCGCUUUUUCGUAUCCCGAACUGCAGGAUCCGGGCGUGUAUAAAAAAUACCAGGAGGACAUGGAAGAACAUAAUAAAAAAUGCCAGGAGGCAUCGCCGAGCCAUGAAAACUCGGACACUCGUUCUCGUCGAUCUUCAAAUUUCAACCCGUUCGAAAAUGAAAACUUGAAACCACCCUACGCCACACCUACUUCUACUUCAAUCACCAGCGAUUGCCCAAAGUUCCAAGAGUUUUCCAGAAACGUUGAAUGCAGUCCGAAGCCCAACGCGUUUAACCCGUGUGAAGACAUUAUGGGCAACUGGGUACUUAGAGUAGCGAUAUGGCUUGUGGCGAUCCUAGCUAUUGUUGGAAACUUUGCUGUCCUGGUUGUCUUGAUAGCAAAAAUUCAGAUGACCGUGCCAAAGUUCCUCAUGUGCAAUCUCUCUUUCGCCGAUCUCUGUAUGGGGUUAUAUUUAAUCCUCAUCGCCGACAGCGAUGCGCGCAGCAUUGGUGCGUAUUUUAAUUACGCAAUCGACUGGCAAAAAGGACUAGGCUGUCAAAUCGCUGGGUUCCUGGCUGUAUUUUCUACGGAAUUAAGUAUAUUCACAUUGACAGUAAUAACAAUGGAGAGGUGGUACACGAUUAACUUCGCGAUACUGAACCGGCGACUCAGAUUGAGGACUUGCGUGAAAAUCAUGGUCGCCGGCUGGUCUUACGCUUGUAUUAUGGCACUCCUUCCCAUCUUCGGAGUUUCCAGAUACUCAACAACAAGCAUAUGCCUGCCCCUCGAGCACAUGAACACGAUCGAUCUCUUGUAUCUUAUAAUACUGUUCGCCUUCACUGUUAUUGCCUUCGUAAUGAUCGUAGCUUGUUACGGUUUGAUGUACUCGUCAAUAAGGGUUGGCCGACGUACCUCGGUGACGUCGAUGGAUCAUUCGGAUGCGACCAUUGCCAGAAGGAUGGCCAUUCUAAUAUUCGCCGACUUUGCCUGCUGGGCACCAAUAGCCUUCUUUAGUUUUACCACGCUUAUUUCCCGCGAACCAGUAAUCGCGCUGAUUUAUAUAAAGAUCCUCGUCGUAUUUUUUUAUCCGUUCAACAGUUGCGUAAAUCCUUACCUUUACGCCUUCCUCACGCAUCAGUAUCGACGUGACUUUUUCGCUCUUCUUACACAGUGCGGUAUGUGCAAAAGCAGGGCGGCGCAGUACAAUUUUGCAGCGUUCGGAUUGCCGUUGACGAAUCGUCGAGGCAAUCCCAGUACAAGGGACAAUAGCGCACCGAACGAUACGCAAAAAAAUUCUAGCAACAGCUCGACGAUGCAAAAUGGUAAUCAUAUUAUACCUAACAAAGUCGAAAAGUAAAAACCGUUGGUAAUUGUCGGUAUACGGCACAAGUCGUUUGUCUCAGCUUACUGCAAGAUCUUAGAAUUAUUUGAUUGAAUACCUAGUUAAUUAUGUGUAACGCAAAUGCGAUGCCUGAGUAUAUUUAUUUAUUAUUCGUGCUCCUCCCACCUUCUCCAAUUUCUAUCUGUUUUCGUUGAUAUACCAGUAUUUAACGAUAAUGGAUUACUACAGCUAUGUAUAUUGUAUGUAAAUUA